GCAGCAUAACGGAAUGCUCGAUAACCGACCCUCCGAAAAUCAUAUAAAAGCAUAGCCGUCACCGUCCAUUCAACAUUAGUUUUGUUUCGAAAGUUUCAACGUAACAACGAUCUGCUAAAAUGACUGGCCGUGGCAAGGGAGGCAAAGGACUAGGAAAGGGAGGCGCCAAGCGUCAUCGCAAAGUUCUGCGUGACAACAUCCAGGGUAUCACCAAGCCCGCUAUCCGUCGUCUCGCUCGUCGUGGAGGAGUCAAGCGUAUCUCUGGUCUGAUCUACGAGGAAACCCGAGGUGUGCUGAAGGUGUUCCUGGAAAACGUGAUCCGUGACGCUGUCACCUACACUGAACACGCCAAGCGCAAGACCGUCACUGCUAUGGACGUCGUCUAUGCCCUGAAGCGACAGGGACGCACCCUGUACGGUUUCGGAGGUUAAACUCAACCCUGGUUCUAUUUUUUUGUUAAUUUCUUUUCAACGGCCCUUUUCAGGGCUACCAAACUUUUCUGGAAGGAGAUUUACUCAGAUAAUUUGUAAUAUUGGUAAGAACAAUAUCUUUCAAGAAAUAACUCAUCCAAAUAUGAACCUGUUGGAAUACAGAUAGUAGGGGACGUGUUGUUACAUAUAUAAGAGCAAGUUCAUUCGUGUUGGGAAAAAGUGGUAGAAAUUUUGACACUUGUAGCACAUUUUGAAAAUUUUACCAAGCAAAAUUGUUUUUUUUCAGCACUGUUUCUAUUUUAGCCGUAUGUAAUGGUAAUAUUUGUAUUUUUGCAUGUGAAUGCAACACACGUGUUGUAAAAAAACUUGAAGGUAAAAGAUGUUGAAAAUGUUUUUGCAUAGCAAAAUUUUCAAAAUGUUAAAAUUUCUACCAC